UCUACCUUCUCAUCAAAAAUGUGGACAGAAUGCUCGUGGGCCUGAAAAACGUCCCGGAGAAAGCCAGAGGAUCUUCCUCGGAACAGAGCCGAACACUCUUGUCUCGCUGCGCCAGCGCCACAUCUAUGCCCUUUCGGGACAGCUCAGCCCUGCUUAGCUGACGCUUAUGACCGGUUCCAUUGAAAACACUACAGAAUCGACGAUCGUCACCAAGGUAGACUGAGGUUUGCAACUUCAGGCGUCCAACGGUAAGGCUGUGUAAGGCGUGCCUACCAAACGUAGGCCAAGACCACAGUUGCAUUGUGCAGCAGAACAAGUAUAUAGACUCCAGGCUUCACUGACCUCAGUCUCUCGAACAAGCAUAGAAAAACCAACAUUUUUGAAUUUCCACACUAAGCACCAUGAUAUCAAUCCAGUCCAAGGUCCACAAGGCAGCUUCCCAGCAUGCGCAGCUCCUUCAAGGUGUCGCAGAAACAGAUCACGCGCCCUCUCAACUGCAGCAGCAAGAUGCUUACCUUAAAGAUCUGAAAGCACAAGAAACGAACACAUCAAAGCGCGUUGAAGAUCUCCGCAAAAAGACAGCCGUCGAACUGAAAGGUCACAAGAAGUACUCAGAAUCCACGUUUCGCCGCUUCACCCAUAAAGCAUCUGGUCGCAAAGAGCGCUUCUGCGAGAAAGCAGCAAAAGAAGAGCGCAAAUACUUUGAUGCGAUCCAAGAACAAAAGACUGCUGAAGAUGAGCUCGCAUAUGUCAGACAGCUAAGGUCAGAAGCCGAAGUGCAAAGACAGAAGUUUGACAGGGAUACAACUCGGCACAACCACCUCCAGCAGCAGCUCGACCAACUCUACAACUCUAUCUUCGCCGGCCAGACCCCCGAAUUCCCCGAGGAAGACCGCAAAGAGGAAGCAUGCAACGCCGCGUGCCAACAAAUGCAGUCCAUCCAUCAGGAGCUGGAAAAGGAGCGCCAUGUACUAUUCCUGUUCCGUCAAACGAGCACCAAGCUCAGCGAAGCGCGCAACUACCUUGACGAUGCACAUGGGAUGUCGCAAUGGGACAUGUUCGGCGGCGGUGCUAUGGCCUCGAUGCAGAAGCGCAACCUGCUCGAACUCGCUGAGAGCAGUAUCCAGCAAGUCCGCAUGCUCCAGCAACAAUUGCAACAGUUUGCACCUCACCUUCCCGAUUUGGGCCAACUAAACAUAGCAUGUGGUAGUAUAUGGGGCGACGUGGUCUUCGACAACAUCUUCAGCGAUAUGGAGAUGCACGACAAGAUCAAGGAUUCGGAGGCGCAGGUUGAUAGAGCGGGACACAAGUGUGGGAAGCUGGUUAGGGAGAGUGAACAGCGGGAGCAGAGACUGCUUGGGGAUGCGAGAGAUGCGAAUGAGAGGUUGAAGGAUGCGCGAAUUGAGCUGCAGAGGGCAAGGGAAAUGGCGUUCAAGGGCAUACUGGAGGGUCAUGGUAGAGUGCAGCAGCACACUUAUCAGCCUCCCGUAGGUGCACCACCGGGUUACGAUACUGCGCCACCGGCGUACUCGACCUAAGUUCGUCUAUGAUACCUAUGCUAUAAUUGUUUUCAUUCAAUAGUACAUUAUA